GGCUCACUCACUCCCUGUCUAGUGCCUAGCGCGGACAGAGAGACUGAGGAUGGCGACCUUAGACGUGGACCCAGAAGCUUCGUGUAGCAAAUUAAGCACAUCGCCAUCAAACACAAGCCUGACUCACCGAUUUCUCGACAAUAAGUUCUAUUUACUAGUGGUUAUUGGGGAAAUUGUUACAGAAGACCACCUGAGAUGUGCCAUUUCAGAUAUAGAGCGAGGUAUCCGUUCCUGGGACACAGACUUAAUAGCCUGCAACCUAGACCAAGAACUCAAGCUCUUUGUAUCACGUCAUUCAGCUAGAUUUUCAGCAGAUGUUAGAGGCCAGAAAAUCCUUCACCACAGAAGUGAUGUUUUGGAAACCGUUGUCCUCAUCAACCCUUCAGACGAGGCAGUGAGCACAGAGGUACGCCUCAUGAUCACUGAUGCUGCCCGACACAAGCUACUGGUGCUAACUGGACAGUGCUGUGAAAACACCGGGGAGCUGAUUCUACAGUCUGGUUCAUUCUCAUUUCAGAACUUCAUUGAAAUUUUUACAGAUCAAGAGAUUGGAGAACUGUUAAGUACCACACACCCAGCCAAUAAAGCCAGCCUCACAUUAUUCUGCCCUGAGGAAGGUGACUGGAAAAAUACAAAUCUGGAGAAACACAACCUGCAGGACUUUAUCAAUAUAAAACUGAACUCAGUCUCCAUUUUACCAGAAAUGGAAGGACUUUCAGAAUUCACAGAAUACCUAUCAGAGUCAGUUGAGGUCCCAUCGUCCUUUGACGUAUUGGAGCCCCCUGCAUCUGGCGGCUUCCUGAAAUUGUCAAAACCUUGCUGCUACAUUUUCCCUGGUGGGAGAGGGGACUCAGCUUUGUUUGCUGUGAAUGGGUUUAAUAUGCUCAUAAAUGGUGGAUCAGAUCGCAAGUCAUGCUUCUGGAAACUGGUUCGGCACUUGGACAGAGUUGACUCAAUUCUACUCACCCACAAUGGAGCAGACAAUCUCCCCGGAGUCAACAGUUUGUUGCAACGUAAAAUAGCAGAACUGGAAGAGGAACAGUCACAAGGAUCCACUGCUAACAGUGACUGGAUGAAAAAUCUGAUUUCACCUGAGCUGGGUGUUGUCUUUCUUAAUGUCCCAGAAAAUGUUACAAACCUGCAGCCUAAUUUCAGGGUCAGGAGAAAUACUGAAGAAACCUGCCUUACUCUCCAGUACUUAAACAAAUUGUCUAUAAAGCCAGAACCCCUGUUUAGGACUGUAGGAAAUGCCAUUGAUCCAGUAAUACUGUUCCAGAAAAUGGGUGUGGGGCGACUAGAGAUGUACAUUUUAAAUCCAGUGAAAGGAAGCAAGGAGCUACAAUUUUUCAUGCAACAUUGGUCCAGCAACAACAAAGCUAAAACUGGACUUGUUUUGCCAAAUGGCAAAGAUGCAGAAAUUUCAUUUCCAUAUUUGACUUCAAUAUCCUCUCUGAUUGUAUGGCAUCCAGCCAAUCCAUCUGAGAAAAUAGUCCGUGCCCUGUUCCCAGGAAAUGCUCCACAGUACAAUAUCCUGGAUGGAUUAGAAAAACUCAAACAUUUAGACUUCUUGAAACACCCAGUAGUAACUCAAAAAGAACUAAUAGCUGGCUUGGCUGCCCCAACAGUUAAACAGGCCAAGAUGAAACAACGGAGUGACAGCAAGGAGAGUCUCAAAUCUAAUUCUAGGCCAUCUGUUGGAAAAGGAGUUAAGAAGGAUAUCAAGGAAGAAACACCCGAGAUGACAAAACCUGCUGCAGUUAAUCACCAAGAGGCUGCUAAUGAGAAGCCUCAGAAGGUAGAAAAGAAGGAAAAACCUAUAGUUAAGAAAGAAAGACCCAGAACAGAAUCGCAAUCCAAACCUGAAGAGAAAGAGGCAAAAGCUAAAGCAGAACCAGCUAAACAGGAACUUGAAGAAAAAACACCUAAGGACGAGAAACUAAAGUCCGAGAGCAAGCCAAAACCUUUAAAGGAAAAAAUUGUAAAGAAGGAGGUUAAAGCAAAGAAACCGGAAGAGAAGAAAAAAGAGGAAAAGGAAGUGAAAAAAGAGAGUGCAAAGCCAGAGGCAAAAGAGGAAAAAGCUGUCAUCAAGAAAGAAAAGGUGAAAAAAGAGGAGAAACCUAAAAAAGAAGAAAUAAAGAAGGAAGUAAAGAAAGAUAUUAAAAAAGAAGUGAAGAAGAAAGAAACACCAGUGAAAGAAGUUAAAAAGGAAGAAAAGAAAGAAAUCAAAAAGAACGACAAAGAUGUCAAGAAAGACCUGAAAAAGCCCACUAAGGAAGUCAAGAAAACUGUGCCUGCAGCUGAGGCCAAAAAACUACCAGUGAAGCCCAAAGUGGAAAAGAAAGUUGAGGCAGUAAAGAAGGAAGAUGCUAGCCCAAGCAAACUGAAAGGAAAACCAAAACCAGGCAAGAAAGAAACUAAGGUCGAAACUGUUGCUGCGGUUGGAGCAGCUGCAGCUGCAGCCGCAGCCACAGCUGCAGUCACUGCAACCGAACUUGAGGUUGAACGAUCACUCAUGUCUUCGCCAGAAGAUUUAACUAAGGACUUUGAAGAACUUAAUGAGGAAGAGAAAAGAGACACCCAGGUACCUCCUGUACCAAUAGAGAGUUCAGUACAGAAUGAAGUGCAAGUGGAGAAGAUAGGCCUUACUAUUCAUGGAGAUGCUCUAGAGAUAGAUGAAUCUCCCGAUGAAGGAAUUACAACCACUGAGGCUGAAGGUGAAUUUGAACAGUCUCCUCAAGAGUAUAUCGAGACUGAAAAUAAGGGAACAUUAGAACGGUUUGAGGAUGAAGGUGCAGGAUUUGAAGAAUCCUCUGAACCUGGAGACUAUGAAGAGAAGGCAGAGACUGAAGAUGUUGAGGAGCUGGUAGGGACAGUGGAUAAGAUGCUUCCCACCAAAACUGAGCUGGAGCAUGUUGUUAUUGGGGCAAAAGCUGAGACUGAGGACCUUGAAGCAGAAGAAUUAAUUGAAACUGAAGAACCACUUGAUGUUGAAGAGAUGGUAGAAAAAGAAGAGACUGAAGAAUCGGAAGUAGGAGAAGAUCGUAGAGAACGGGAGGACAUGCUUCUUGAAAAGGCUGAGACUGAAGAAGAAGCAGAGGAUGAAGGGAAUAGGGUAGAUGACAACAAAGCUGCUGAAAUGUAUGAAGAGAAAGAGAAACGUGAGAUUAAAAGCAUUGAAGUGAAUAAACUUCCAUCUCCUGGUGCAGCUCUGGAUAAAAUCUCUGCACUUCAUCCUUCAAUCAUUGAUCAAACAUUUUCUAUUCGUAAUGAGACCAUUCCUACAGAUUUUGAAAGUGAGGUAACCGCUUCUGAUGAAGAAACCCAUGAUGAGCCACCUGAGGAAUUUACAGCUACAUCCGGUUUUACUCAAUCUACUAUUGAAAUUUCUAGUGAGCCCACACCAAUGGACGGAAUGUCCACACCCAGAGACAUUAUGAGUGAUGAGACCAACAAUGAAGAAACAGAAUCUCCAACUCAGGACUUCGUAAGCGUAACAAAGUUUGAAACAACUGUUAUUUCUCAGAGUCGAGAGGGAGCCAAGCUUUCUCCUGUUCCUGACACUUACAAUGGAUUCUCGUUGGAAAUUUCAAAAACCGAUGUGACACAAGGUGAUGAUUAUCCAGCUUCUGCCUCAACAAUAUCUCCUUCAUCUUCCCUGGAAGAAGACAAGUACUUCAAACCUCCACCAGCUGGCAUCAGCAUUCCAAAACACGAUGAAUAUGAAAACCAGGAGGACUUAGAGGCUGAAAAGCAAGAGAGUCCAAUAAAAGACUUUGAAACCAAACUAAGCCCUGCAAGGAGUCCAGCUGAAUCGUCACCACAGUCUAGGACACCACUAAGUGAUCGUAAUGUCAACUUUGAUUUGACUCCAUCAGAAAUCAGGGCAUCCACUGAUCUGACAGCUUCAGAACAUGAAGUUCCAGGUGAUCAUUGUGCAAGUCCUGAAGAGAAAACCCUGGAGAUGGCAUCGCCCGCACAGUCUGGAACUCCUAGUGCUGGUCACACUCCAUUUUAUCAGUCACCAAUAGAUGAGAAAGACAGUAAAGUUCCAGCUGAUGUGUCAGGAAAGCUCCCAACGCCAAUUAUCAUUGAGACUGAUGACGUGAAAGUCGAUGAGACCAGUCCAAGGUAUAGUCCUAUGGAUGAGCCUGUACCUGAUUCAGAAUCACCUGUUGAGAAAGUUUUGUCCCCACUGCGUAGUCCACCAAUGUUGGGUUCCAGCUCCCCUGUUGAUAGCUCUCCAAAUGAUGGAGAGGAAUUCCCAGUACAGUUUCUGGAAGGUGCAAUGGAACUCACAAGUGACAAACUUAAACUUCUCUCUUCGCCCCGAGUUUAUCCAUUUAAUGAUUUCCCAUCCAGUCCUGCUGCUCCUGAAAAAGAACAGGAAGCUGAUUUUGAAUUGUUGACUCCCAAAGAUAGUUUUAGCCAGGAACGGAAAGUGGAAGGGAGCACUGUUGGUACUUUUGCAUCACUUGGUCCCUUUGAAACACAUAAAGCAGGAGGGGAGCUCUCCCCAACAUUGGUAGAUCUCAGCCAGAUUGGUUCUGCUAAAGAAGACAGCAAAAUGUCAAUCUCAGAAGGAACCACGUCAGACAAAUCAGCCACACCUGUUGAUGAGGUGGUGGCAGAAGACACCUAUUCCCACAUAGAAGGGGCUGCUUCAGCUUCAACAGCAUCCCUGGCCACAAGUUCUUUUCCAGAACCCACAGCAGAUGACGUUUCCCCCUCAUUGCAUGCAGAAGUUGGGUCUCCUCAUUCAACUGAAGUGGAUGAAUCCCUUUCAGUAUCGGUUGUGCAAACGCCUACUGCAUUCCAGGAAGCAGAAGUUUCACCUUCUAAAGAGGAUUGCCCAAGACCCAUGUCAAUUUCUCCUCCAGAAGUCUCUCCAAAAACUGCAAAAUCUAGAACGCCUGUGCAGGAAGUCAGGUCACCUGAACACUCUACAAUGUCCGUGGAAUUCAGUCAGGAAUCUCCUGAACAGUCUUUGGCCUUGGAUUUCAGCAAACAGUCUCCUGAGCAACCUUCAUUUAACGCCAGCUACCAGCACAUUUCUGAGAACGGGCCGACUGAGGUAGAUUAUAGUCCAUCUGAUAUGCACGAGACUGGAUUUAUGCAAAACUCUUUGCCUACGCUUGACAAGCCAUUCUACAGUCAAGAUAAAGAUCACUUGCAGUUUGGGUCAACCCCACCAACAGAAGCUUCUCCAACAACUUCAUCUGCUCGGACUCCACAAACAAGUUCUCCACUCCAGGAGGAAUAUGGUGUUUGUACUUCAGUCUCAUCUGCCAUCCUAUCUGAAAAACCAAUUAUUUCUGGAGAGGCAUUACUCCCAGAGAGGCUACCAGCUACCCAUUCACCACAAACAACUUCUCCACUGCAAGAGAAGGAAGAUUUACAGAUGUUUGACGUUUCACAGCCUCUUUCAUUUACAAAGGAUGUUUCUCCUUUGCAUAGUUCUGACUCAUCAGGUUCAGGUCUACUGCAGGACAAAUCUCCAACGGUAUCAUCAAUAUUUUCUUCAGAACAAGUAUCCGCUGUAUUUGCAACACACUCAUACCAAGAGCCUUCCCUCUCACAAAGCAAAAUUCCAGUAGUGCAGACAGACAUUGAAGAAAUGGAGGCAUUCACUAGCAAACAAGAUAAAGUCAAAGAUACUUGUGAGGUUGAUGAUGGACCUUUUGCAACCAGAACAGAGAUUCAAUACAAUGCUGAUAAAUAUUAUAAAACUCCCACUUCAUUCAAGCUCAAUAUGGCUGAUCUUUCCCCUUCUUUCAUCAACCCAAGCCCCUUAGAGUUUUUUGAACAAGAAGAUGCUCUUGAAGAUCUUGAAAGGCCAUUGACCCAAGGUGGAGGAGCUCAGCCUCCUUCUGGUGGAAAGCAGCAGACACGUCAGUGCGAUGACACCCCUGGCACAUCAAUCAGUGAAUCAGCUCCAUCACAGACUGAUUCAGACUUCCCCCCUGGAACAGAAGAAUGCCCAUCUAUCACUGCAGAUGCUGCCUUAGACUCCGAAGAUGAGUCUGAAACCCUUCCGACAGACAGAACGCUUGUACACAGACAGAUGGAUCCCCCACCAGCUCCCUUAAAGGACCCCAGUCCUCCUCCACCGCACCCAGAUGUUUGCAUGGUAGAUCCUGAAGCACUGCCUACUGAACAGAGCAUAGCAAAGGCAGAUAAACCUUUGAAGAAGGAGGUUAAAGAAAGAACAAAAACCAAAAAGCAGGUCACGAAGACAAAGUCUUCCUCUCCUUCUAGAAAAUCUGACAGCAAACCAAAGCAUCCCAGUGCUCCCUCCAGAACAAAUGCACUGGCAUCAGCUAAGGAAUCAUCUGAUAUAACUGCAAAAACAGCUUCUCCUAAAAAGGAUUCAGCAGAGAAGGGUCCCAAAGCUAGUACCAAUCCAGAAGUAAAAGCUGCUCGAGGUGAUGACAAGGAAGCAAAAAAUGCUACUAACACCACAAACUCAAAAUCUGCACACACCACUAAAAAUCCAGGUUCCAGCAGCAAUAAGGCAGCAGGCAUGCCGUCAGUGCCUCCUGGACCUCCUGUUUACCUUGACCUGGUGUACAUUCCAAAUCACUGCAGUGCCAAGACUGUGGAUGCUGAAUUUUUCAAACGAGUGAGAUCUUCCUACUAUGUAGUGAGUGGAAAUGACCAGGCAGCUGAUGAACCGAGCAGGGCUGUACUGGAUGCUCUCCUGGAGGGCAAGUCUCAGUGGGGCAGUAACAUGCAGGUUACCCUGAUUCCAACCCAUGACUCAGAAGUCAUGCGGGAAUGGUACCAGCAAACUCACGAGAAGCAACAGGACCUCAACAUCAUGGUAUUGGCAAGCAGCAGCACUGUGGUCAUGCAAGAUGAAUCGUUCCCUGCAUGCAAGAUUGAACUGUAACUGGGAGUCCCACAGAACCAGAACAUUCAGCCAGUUGUUUAAGGGGAAGCACUCAAAUGGAAAUUUAAAACAAAAGAGGAAAGCAGAUGUAACUAAAUGUCUGCUGAAUACUGUACGAUAGAUUUGUUAUACAGGUCACUAGGGUGUAACACUUUCCAGACUAUUUAGUUCCUAUGCUGAGGCAAAAUUUUCUUAUUCUUACAAAAAAAAAUUGCAGGGUUUAAAAUACUUGGAUCUGUCACACUCUGAAUCCGUUGCAAUUGUGGUGUGGUUGAUAUUGGUUCAGACUUAUUUUGUUCAGGAAAAAAUUGAAAGUGGGCAAACUUUUCCAUGGCAAAAAAUAAUCACCAUCUCUAACAGCAGUAGUUUUAAAGUGUGAGAUUUAGCUUUUUGAUGACCAUAAUGCUGAGGCCAGGCAGUAUAAUACUCUGAACUCCACAUGGAAACACUGUCUUUCACAUACGUAUACUGGACUCACAAGUAUUUUGAACCCUAUUCACGUAACCAGCCAAUCCCCUCCCAUAAAAAAUGCAGAAAUAUUUAACUAAGGCAUGUUCCCUGUGUACCAGCUUCUUGAUAAAUUUAAUUCUGCAUAUGAACAUGGCAUAUUGCCAUUAAGCCUUGAUAAAACUGCAUGCUUUAAAACAAUGACAGCUAAUAUACUUAAGCAGAGACCAAAGGAGUUGGGAGUACACAUACUAGUCAUUUUGCCUUAGACAGUGACUUGAAUGUAAUGUGAUCUAGGUUGCACUUUUUUUAAAUGGGAAGUGUAUGAGGCAAACAACAGACAGUGAAGGCCAGCGUAGGACGGUAGUUUGAGAAGUGCUGUGAUUUGUGUGCGUGUGAAUGUGUCCGUACUUGUAAGCGACAACAUGGAUUUCCUUGAGACCAGUCAUAGAAGAUGUUCAAAUAUGAUGUACACUUUUUUGAUUUCAAAGGUUAUUGUUUAUAACAAGCAAAGGAACAGGUGGAAUUGGAUAUGGAAAGAAAAAAAGAUCACUACAAAUGUGCAGAAAGUUUUAUUUGUUUGUUUUGGUUAUGUGACAUAUUAUUAGUAAGUAGCCUCCAUUCUGUUUAAAUUAUUUAAUUUCUAUUUUACAUCCAAAAAUAGCCAAGUAAAGGUUCACUGGUUGGGUGCAUUAUGUUGACUUAGAAAGGGUGUUGUUUUUUGUAACUGGCUGAACUAUUGAUCAUUUAUAGUUCUGAACAUUAUCUUUCUCGAGCCUUAUUUGUAACCUGUAUAGCUUUCCUUUAACAGUACUACAUCCAAGUUUGUAUAGGUCUGGUAUUGUGCAGUCACUGGUGUAAUUCUGUUAAUAAUGUACAGCUCAAAUUUGAAUUAAUUCUGUUUUAAUUCACAUUUGAUAAAGAUCCAACAGUGGAAAGACAAUUUAUGUAUCUUUUACAAUGUGUUGUACCAGCAAAGCAUUUAUAAAUUAUAACACUUUAGUUAUUUUAUUUUGAAGCCCAUAUCCAGAAUAUAAGUUUUAUCUACUGAUAUAGGUGCACCAGACCUGUGGUGAACAGAAUUGGAAUAAUUGGGUUGAGGAUAUAGCUGUUGGAAAUAUCGGAAGAGUUGUAGCUUUAACAUAAAUUGAAAUGUGUGUGUGUGUUUGUGUUAAUUUAAUGAUAAGGAUUAACUAGCUAAAGACUAAAGUGCUAGACAAUUGACUGCUAUUUCAAAUCAAAGUUAUUUCAAAUGUUUUUAGUAGUUUAUCAGCAAUUUUUUCAGGCGAAUGAUUGGAGUCCACAUAAGCCAUUUAGGGAACUAAGAUGAAUGCAAAUAUCUUCUCUGUAAAGUCAUGAUUUACUUCCUUCUCGUGAACCUUUCAUAGAAAACCCAGUAAGCGACCUCAUGUAUAUUUUUGAAUGCUAUAUUUUUGUUUUAAGAAUGUAUUUGGUGUAUAUUUUAGGAAAUAUAUUUUGUUUAUUGAAUUUGGGGAAAUUAGUUUUAUGAAAAAUUGAAGUCAACAAGUGACUAACAUUCAAACGAAAUACAUUAAUUCCAUUUUAAUCUGAUAUGUGGUAGCGCAGUGUAACAGCCCAAGUUACAAAGUGUGAAUGUGUGGCGUUAAUGAUAAUCUGAAACCCAUUAUUUUCUGAUUGUCUUGAUUAAUUCUUGUAUGCUUACUUUUUCAAGGCUUGGAGUUUUCCAGUUAAAACCCCUUUUGACUGGGAGUAGAAUACCAUGUAAAUCUUGGUGAUGAGUAUGUAUUUUUCUUUUAUACCAAAUAUGACAGCGGUUUCUGUGCUGUACAAAUGCAUAGUUCCACCUCUAGCUGAACCUGCAGCAUCAGAAAUUGUAUUGAAUUGAAACUGGUAUCAUGCAUCAUUCAUAUUUAUUGAUGCUUUGUUGAGAUUUUUGAUUGGAUUCAAACAUUAUGGCCUUCAGCAAUGGUAGAAGGCACUCAUACUAUGGUGCAGUGCACCAGCAGCCAGAAUUCCUGUAGAGCUUGCCAUUUACAGAAGUGGAUCCUUACUCUUUUUACAUUAUGGGAUUAUUGCGAUGACAUGUAACAAUUGAUCAAUGCAUGAGGUUAGUGAAAAGUCAUUGACUUUUGGGUGAUGCAUUACAUCUAAUUUAUCUUUGUUCUCUAUUGUGGUCAAAAAAAUAUCCACUGUUGGAUCUAGUUAACGAGCCUUAGUCGAGAAUUAGAUGCCAUUUGACCCCACUGAUUGUAACUUUGCCAGAUAUACAACUUAACCAGCUGCUUUCCCACAGAUAUGACCUCAUUUUUGUAUAGUAUGUUUUUUUUAAAGAAAGCUGAUUAUUUUAUUUUUAAAUACUUUGUGAACAGAAGUGUGAUGCAAAUUAGUUUUAACAGAAAAUGAAAGCAUGGUUAUGUUUGCACUGUUUUUGUACACAGCUUUCCUAAUGUGGACAGGCUUCAUCAGAAUCAAAUUUCGUUGCGUUGCUUCAGACAACUGAACUUUUGCAAUAUUACAUAUGUAUUAUAAAGUUUAGUAGUUGUAGUAUUUUAUUUGCAGAUAUUGCUCCAGAUAGGUUAUUUGAGAAGCAUUACUGAACACAUGGUUUUAAAUUAUUUGUUUUUGCUAUUUAAAACACCCUUUUCAUUUUAGCUUAUAAUUAAUACCAACAGUAAUUUUAAAUAGACUAAAGACAUUUGUUUUGUAACUGUAUAGUUUAAUGAUAACUAAAUUCAAAACUGUACUUUUAAAGGAUAGCCUCACCCUAAUUAUAAUAGAAAUUUAAAAUGUCAUGUACUUUAUAAUUGGCUUCUUUGCACUGCUUGAAGCUGCUGGUGCUAGAAACUGAGUGAUGUUGCUGGGUCAUGUUUCUCUAGUUCACUGCACUACAGGGUAAGAGGAUUCAGCUUCUAGACAACCAAUGCUGUUAGGACAUGGAGAACAAGAGAAGCCUUUGAUAUUUGUGCUGAACAAAACUUUAAAAAAUAAUCAAUGAAUGAUGCACCGGGCCACUCUUGCAUGUCUCCUAUCAACUAGGUCAGGAAUAAUUUAAUAUAGGUUAGGAGCAGAUAGUAGGUGGAGAGCUGGAAGGGCUGAGGAGCAAUGGUGGCGAUAAGAGAGGGAUAGUAUGGAGGGAAUGUUCAGCAUCUUAUAGCGCUAUAAAGGCCCCUUUUAUCUGCUUUCUACCCUUGUGCUCAUUACGCAGACACAGUAACAAUUAUUCACAAAUUUUAAAAUAACUGCUGAAUUCUAAAGCUUUAAGAAAAUUGUCAAAAUGGUUCUUAACACAGGAGAACAUCCUUAGCACCACUGUGAAGACAGACUAAUCUGAAAAGUGUCAACACUGAUUUUGAAUCCUCUGGUUUCUUGACACUAGUAACUUAGUAGUGUUCAAACAAGUUGGAAUAAGAAUAUUUUUCAAGAUUUAAUUCCAUUAUAACCUAUAGCUUUCUGACUACAAAAUUACUAAUUGUAACAUCAAAAAAGCAAUUUAUUUUUUUAAGAUCCUUUUCUAAAAGAAUAGCUUUUUCAAAGCUGCACAGCCACAAUGGGCUGACUGGCCUAAAGUGCUGUAUGAUCCUAGUCCAGAAUCAAUGGUUGCAAUUAGAGAAACUGUUCUCAUUUACAUUUAUGUGAAAGAAUUUGUUAUGACUGUUUCAGAUAAAUUGCCUUUCCCGCUACUUCUAUGAAUCCAUAAUUAAACCGUGAGCAGUUAGUUGUGCUAUCAUAGGGUGCGUACUGUGAGAAUGUGCAUGUGGCAUGCUGUUUUAUUGGUGUCCCUGUAGAAAAUGUUUGUGGAGACUUGCUUCAAGUUCCUUUGAAUAGUACUGGUUGAAGAGGCAUGUUAUUUGCCCAGAUCCAAUUGCAUAUUAUGCACAAGCUGGUGUGUAGCUUUUCCUAAUGGUACACAUUUUCUGACGAGUGGUGCAGUUCUCCAAAUGCAUUGUUGUACCUUUCCCCAGAUCUUGUCCCUGCUGCCCUCGUUUUCUCAUUUAAUUUCACCUGACAUAAUGUGAUAUGUUUUCCAGCCUCAUCUGAAAAAAAGAUAUCAAAACCUGUUCUUGGUAGAAAUGUCAACUGCUGUAACUAGAGUGGGGUAGCUGAUACAGAAGAGUGGUAAACACUAAAUGAUCAGAGGAUGCUUUUCAUAGAAAAAAAUACACAAGUUGCAUUUGAUGACUGCACCCCUGUUAGUUUCCUGUUUCAUGUUUACAUUUCCUGAAGACAAAAAAGGGUCAUUUUACUGAGUUGGAAAAUCAAUUGUGUAAUUGUGAGAUUGCAUCUUAGUAAUAGUAAAUAUCAACAGUGAAGGAAUUUGAUAAGAAGUAAAACUGUGCUGUGGCAAGCACUGAAUCUCCAUGGUAGAUUUUAUGGAACAUGUUAAGCUGAAUCUGAAUUUGGCAAUGUAAUGUACAUUUUCUUUUUCUGUGUGCUAUUUUUAAAAGCCUUCAAACUCACAAUAUCAGUAAGGUGAAAAUGAUUGCUUACUUCUGAUGGUUUUCAGGAGCCUUGAGGAUCAGAGAACAAGGCAUGUGAAUUGCGAUUACUAAGUGGGUUUGAACAUGUUACAUUCCAACAACCAACCUUUUUUUGAAAUAGACAAUCCACUGAUAUUGCCAUGGUUAAUUUUCUUCCAGAUUUAUAUACCGUAUUCUAAACUAACGUACUGGAUUCCGGUGAAACAAUUGUUCAUAAUCCACUUGCUGAUUUAAAGGUUGCAAUGCAAUUCAUUCCCACCUUACCACAUAUAUAUGCCCAUUAUGAUACUCUGUGGAUGAAAAGGGUUUGUGUUGUGAAGUUCGUUUUAAUAAGAAGAAAAAUAUGAGUGCAUUAAUAAAAUUGGCAUAGCAACUGUGGUGAGGGAAUUUGCUCACUUUUAGAUUUUAGAAUGAAUGGGUGUUUGGGAUUUUGAGUGUUUUUUUAAAACAAAACUCAUUGUAAAUGUUUGACACAUUAAAUUAUAUGUGUGAUGACACACUGCAUAGCUGUGACCUGAUGAUACUUCAGCUGAUUUACAAAGUGAUGCUGUUUAUGGGAUGUUUGUGACAUUACAACGUAAUAGUGACCAAAAACUGUUAAUGCCUAACGCCCGGGUAAGUGACUGCAACCAACAUUGUGACUGUCCAAAACUACUCUCAUCCUUAAUUCACGACGAUUCUGCUGAUGACUAAAAAAAGAUGGACUGCGAACAUAAAGAAUCUGCUUUAACACUUGCAUGCAGUUUUAUCUUCCAGAAAUGCAAAGCACCAGUCUUACAGCUGGCUGAGCAGCAACUCAAUCCUCCCAUUAUCUGAAUAAUGUUUUAUGUGUCAAACUGCAGCUGUGUAUGGUAUUUAUGUCUUAUAAUCCUGCAAAAUUCUAUCCAGUCAUAUCUAAUGUAGAACUUAGUUUUCAGUGAAAGUAUUAUGUAGUGCUUUUCAGAUAUUGUGUGCAAUAUCCCCUGCCACUGGAGUAUUUGAUGUAAAGGGAACAAUUAAAUUAAAAUCCACAAUAAA